CUUUUCUAGAAAGGAUGUUAUUCGUGAAUUUCAGUAAUUUUACACAGAAAAUAGACAAUUUAAAAUUAAUUAAAAAAAUUAAUUAAUUUUAAAAUUGCAAUUUUUUUUUUUUUUCAUUCACAAAUCAAAAAUAUUUAUCAAUGAUGUUUAAAGAAAAAUUAUCACCGGUUUUCUAUAUCGGAAAAUUCGCAUGACCGGUGUUUUCAAUUGUAUAUAUACACACGCAGCGAUUCAUAUCGUAAUAGACAAGUUUGCAAAAACAAAAUAAAAAAAAAAAAGAUCAUGAUAAUCUUUAUAACGUGCCUUCUUCUUCUUCUAUUCAGUCAAUCACUUUCCGCUCCCGGAAGAGCGGCCGACGAAGUUUUGCUUGGUGAGGUUGACAUUUCCGUGCACGGUUUGGAAAUUACGGAAGAACCUUUUCUGAAGAAAUGUACCGUUGAUGGCAAGGCCUAUUCCCACAGUCAAUCUAUUCCAUCGUACGACACAAAUUCCCAUUGCUUGUGUGUCGCGGGUGAAAUUUACUGUUGGUGGCAAACUUAUCGUUCUUCUCCUUCCACGGAAAAGAGUACCUAUAUCGUUCAAAGUAGUACCGACUACUCCAUCGAAAACUUGGAAGAAGCCUCUGGAGAUCCUUCAGAAGAAAUGAUUGAAGGAAGAGACAGCCACUUCGAAAACAACACGACAAAUACGAAUGAAAUACCUACUUCACCAGCCACGUGCAAUAUCAUGGGAAAAAUAUAUCAUGAAGGCGAGAAAUUACCGCAUACAACAGGAAAUUGUGUGGAAUGUAAUUGUGGACCAGAAGGUCGAAUCAAAUGUUCACCAAAAGACUGUGUCUCAUUGAGAUCAGAAAUUUCAGCAGAUAAUUCAUCAGACGUAGAAUUUGAGAUAUUAAGGCGAAACGGAGAUAUGGACGAAACUUUUUAAUUCAAAGAAUUAAAAUCCAAAACUUGUAUAUUCAAAAUGAAUUAAUUAAUUUUUAUUUACAUAUAUAGAAAGAAUAGACGCUUUAAAUAUAGAUGAUAAAUCAAAAUAUAAGAUCAAAUUGAAAUUUAAUUAAUAGAUUUAAGAAAACUAAAAUUAUUUCAUAUUUUUUAUGGUAAAAAAAAAUAUUUAUACCCUUUCAAUGAUUUUUACUCGCAGUGUAUUUAAAUCCAUAAGAUAUUUUUUUUUAUCGAGAACUUAUUAGAAAAAUCGAAUCUAGAGUGACAUUUAAAAUUUUACUUUAUACACUCGUGUAGAUUUGACAAUCAAGAAUCUACCCAUAUCGAUUAAUAAAUAAUUCAUUAAAGCCCAACGAUUUGUUCUAUAAAAUGAAUCUCCUAACUCAAAAGCCGAAAAAAUUUUUAAUUCGUCACCUUUUCAAAGAAUUUUACAAAUCCUAAUAUUUCUAAAAAAAAUUUUUUAGAGAUCAUUUCUGAAUUUUUUGCAAACAUUUAACUGCUUUUUUGUAAAAAAAAAUAUAAAAAUUUUCUCACAUAUAGUCGAAUGAUAAUUGAAUAAACGUACUAAUUGGGCAUUAAUGAAUAAUCGACUGUUAUAUUCUACUCCACGUGAUACUAAAAAAAAAAAAAAGAGUUAUAUAAACAAAAAGGUGCAAUGCUCUUUAGACUCAAUUAAAAAAUAAUUAUUUGACAAAUAUUAUAUCUCGUUCGUAUUAUUGAAGUUCAAUAUAAUAUUUGAAUAAUUUUAUCACUUUUAAAAGGAGCACAAAAUAAUAAUCAUAUUAAAAUAUACAUAUAAUAUCUACAUAUCGUACAUAUGGAACCAAUUAUCGGAAAACGAUAUUCACAAAAAUCUAUAUACAUGUAAAUAUUAUUUAUAAAAAGUAAUUGCGAAUUAUAUCCACUUUAUCACUGUUUCCUAUUUAUCAAAAUAAUUUUCAUAUAAUGCAUGUUAUUUUAUGAUAUUACUAUUUUUCAUUAUUACUUUAUCUUUCCGUAGUAAAAUUUAUUAAAUUUUAAUUUAAUUAUAAAUUAUUAAAAUAUAAUUCCCCAUUAUAAUAAAAAUAAAAAUCUCCCAUUAAAUUAGUUUAUAAUUAAAUUAAUUUUCACUUAUAAACGAAUUUUAUAUAUAUAUAUAUUUUCUUUUGCUAUAUAUUUUUAAUUAUAACCAAGAAAUAAAUAAGAAUUAGAAUUUUUGUUGCUUUUAUAACGAAUAUGCAACAAAAGAGACAAUAUAGAUAAUAAAAAAAAAAAUUUCAUUCAUACGAUGAAGUAGAAAAUUAGAGAAGAAAUAAAGGAGAAUUGAAUAUAUAAUAAAUGUCAAGUGGAUUUACUCUAUAUUGAAACUAAUAAUAUAUUGAAUAUAAAUGAAUAAAAGUGAAUGAAAAUUGUUAUACGACGACGAAAAAGAAAAAUUUGUUUAUAGAUAAUGAUAAUAAUGAGUAGAUAGACUCCUGUGUGAUACAUAUUGUAUAUAUAACAUACAUUAUUAUAUAUGUUAUAUAAUCUAAUAUAAUAUUAAUACUAUAUAUAAAAAAAAACUUGUAUAAGAGUUUACAAUUUAGAAAUUUUCAUCAUUUUUAGAAGAAAAAAAAAUUUAAAAAGAAAAAUUUUAGACCUAAUAACGAAUAUAGCUACAAAUUAAUUUUAUAUAUAAAUAAAUAUUCAUGAGGAAAUCAACUUUUAUUUUGCAUGUGAUUUAAUUUUAAUUUUUUUUUUCGCGAAUUUUGUUUGUUUUGUCAAGAGUAUAUCAAGUUUUAUGAAUUCUAAACUUUUAUUAUCCAUAACGUUCAACUCCAUCUUAUUUCAGAAAAGUUUAUGAGAUUUUCAAUUUACGCAACCAACAAAAAAUACAAUGAAACUAUAUGUUUUAAUUAAAAAAAAAAAUCAAAUAGUAGUGCACACUUUUAAUAAUUCACAAAGUAAUUAACAUUUUCAUAUAUAUUAUUCUUUUGUAAAUAUAAUCAGAAGCAAAAAAUGAAAAUUAAUUUAAAAAUUUAAAUUAAGUAAGUUGAAUUUAAAAAAAAUUCAUUUACAUUUUUAGUGUGGAGAGUAAUUUAACUUUAAAUUAUUAAAUUCCCUUCCUUUUUCCCUACAAUAUUAUAUAAAAACGACGAGCUUAUAUUUCACAAGUGAAAAUGUGAAGUUAUAAGGAUAUCAUGUAGAUGACUACAGAUAUGAUAUUUCAAGGAUAUCAUAUCACAUUGUUAGAAAAACAAUGUCAAAAAUAAAAAUUAAUGGGAUAGUUUUGAAGAAAUAUACUUGCAAAUCUCAUAAGA